CAUGCAGAAGCCGCGGCGGCUCGAGAGGCUGGGGCUGCGGUGGCGGCGGGCGGCGGGCCUCGGAACGCGGAGCGACACGGCCUAGCGCGGCGGACGGCCGAGGGGACGCGGGCAGCCGGCCCGUCCCGCCAUGGAGAUGGAGAAGGAGUUCGAACAGAUCGACAAGGCCGGGAGCUGGGCGGCCAUUUACCAGGAUAUUCGACAUGAAGCCAGUGACUUCCCAUGCAGAGUGGCGAAACUUCCUAAGAACAAAAACCGGAACAGGUACCGGGAUGUCAGCCCCUUUGACCACAGUCGCAUUAAAUUGCACCAGGAAGAUAAUGACUACAUCAAUGCCAGUUUGAUAAAAAUGGAGGAAGCCCAGAGGAGUUAUAUUCUCACCCAGGGCCCUUUGCCAAACACAUGUGGGCACUUCUGGGAGAUGGUGUGGGAGCAGAAGAGCAGGGGUGUGGUCAUGCUCAACCGUAUCAUGGAAAAAGGCUCGUUAAAAUGUGCCCAGUAUUGGCCACAGAAAGAAGAAAAAGAGAUGGUCUUUGAUGAUACAAAUUUGAAAUUGACACUGAUUUCUGAAGAUGUCAAGUCAUAUUACACGGUGCGACAGUUGGAGUUGGAAAACCUAGCCACCCAGGAGGCUCGGGAGAUCCUACAUUUCCACUAUACCACGUGGCCAGACUUUGGAGUCCCCGAGUCGCCUGCCUCCUUCCUCAAUUUCCUUUUCAAAGUCCGAGAGUCAGGCUCACUCAGCCCGGAGCACGGCCCCAUCGUGGUGCACUGCAGCGCCGGCAUCGGCAGGUCGGGGACCUUCUGUCUGGCUGACACCUGCCUCUUGCUGAUGGACAAGAGGAAAGACCCCUCUUCUGUGGAUAUCAAAAAAGUGCUUCUGGAGAUGCGCAGGUUCCGCAUGGGGCUCAUCCAGACAGCCGACCAGCUGCGCUUCUCCUAUCUGGCUGUGAUCGAAGGUGCAAAGUUUAUCAUGGGCGACUCCUCAGUACAGGAUCAGUGGAAGGAGCUCUCCCAUGAGGACCUGGAACCCCCACCCGAGCAUGUCCCCCCACCUCCCCGACCACCCAAACGUAUCCUGGAGCCUCACAAUGGGAAGUGCAAGGAACUCUUCUCCAACCACCAGUGGGUGAGCGAGGAGACCUGUGAGAAUGAAGACAGCCUGGCCAGAGAGGAAGGCAGAGACCCCUUAAGUGCCAUGCAGAGCAUGAGCAGCACGAGUCAAGACACUGAAGUUAGAAAACGGAUGGUGGGUGGAGGUCUCCAAGGUGCCCAGGCGUCUGUUCCCACCAAGGAAGAGCUGUUCCCAACGAAGGAGGAACAGAAGGCACACUCUCCGACUCACUGGAAGCCCUUCCUGGUCAACGUGUGCAUGGCCACGGUCCUGGCGACUGGCGCAUACCUCUGCUACCGGGUGUGUUUUCACUGACGGACUGCUGUGAGGCGUGAGUGUGGUGGGCACUGCCGCUGCCCAGCUUCGUUCGGAGUCGGUCCGCAGCGUCGGACCCGCUGUUAGGGGAGCAGCUCGCAAGCCUGCGGUGGAACUGGAAGGGCCAGCCCCAGGAGGGGCGUCAGUGCACUGGGCUUCGAAGGAGCCCCAUGGUCCCAAAAACAGCCUAAUCUCAGGGCCUUAAGCUGUUGAGGAGAAGUAAAGGAAAUGCCUAAUACUCUCACUCACUCACUCACUCUCACCUCACUCCUCCCCCCUUCUUUCUCUGUUCGUUUUUUUUGGAAAAAAAAGAAUUACAACACAUUGUUGUUUUUAACAUUUAUAAAGCAGGUUUUUGUUAUUUCUGGAAGAAAAAAAGAAAGACGCUAGGCACUCGUGAGAUUCUCUUGUGCCCUUUGGCAUACGAUCAGAUUCCUAACAUAUUGGUUUCCCAGGGGAAGGAUCCCAAAUGGUCAGGAAUGUAGCGCUCCUGCUGGCUUGGGCGGCCCCCACUGUUACCCUGAGCUGGCAGGUGCCCUGGAGCCGCCCCACUGUGAGGGGAGCAGCAGCACCGGCUGGUUCUGAAGAGCAAGCCCGGCUCUGCUUCGCUCAGGUGUCCCUGCUGCAUUUCCAGACUCGUCUGCACCCUCCCUCCUGUGACAGCCAUCUUGCUGGUGUCCCAGCCCUCGCCAUCCCGUCCCUGUAAAAGGGUUUCCCUGGGAUCCCUGCCUCAGGGUCGAGUUCACUGUAGGUGGCUGCCCGCGCUCGCUCAUCCUGCGGUUUCCAUUUCAUUUGGAAGGUAAGCACCACUGUGGUAGAACCCACACUGCUGAGGUACAAGCAUGACUGAUAGAAGGAAGGAGCCUUGGUGUCAUGGAAGUUACUUCGCAGGACUGUUUCCAACCUCUGAAACAUUCAGUCCCCUCCUGGAAGGCAUCAGAUGAUUUUUGCAAACUGCAAAGACUUUUUCCUGAGUGGUGAUUUUCAGUCAGGACUCCUGAAACACCACUGAACUCUUGCCGUGGCUGAGGCUGUGGGGAGGCACAUGCUUUCUUUCCUAAGGCUGCUCUCUAGCAGCCCAGCUUGCUCUCCAGCCUCUCACCCGCAGGCCACAGUGGCCGUGGUGGGAAAGCACUGGCCUGCAGAGCAAGCGCAAAGGAUGCUUGUUCACACAGAGCCACCGUCUCCUUCAGUUGGGCAUCUCUUCUUCUCUUCAUCCUUCCACUUCCUUCCCUGGAGUACCGAGCCCACAACCAUCGUGAGGAAUGCAAGGGGGUGGCAGAGGCACCUCAUGGGAGCACGAGGCCCCACACCCUCCCUAGAAAGUGCUCCACUCUAUUUAUUCACCUUUCCCAAAGGCGUCCGUCCGUCCCCACUGCAUGAGCACGUUCUUCACCUGGUAAUGUAAGGUGUCAGCCUGGCACCCAGGGCUCUAUCAAUCAGUAUCAGAUCAGUCCUGCAGUCGAGCCAGAAUUACGAGACUGACAGGAGCCACGUGCAGCCAGGGCUGGGGCCAGGAGCAGGCGCUGGAGGGUGGUGGGAGCAGUCUUCAGGAACAUGGGACAGUGCUUGUGUGUAAAGGCCCUGUGGCUACUGAUGUGAUGUUCAAGAACGCGGCCUGGGCUUUCUCCCCAUGGCCUUGUCCAUCCCGUUCCCAGCCUCCGCUUUCCCUGUUAGCUAGAAAACACGAAGUCUCCUGCCCUGGUGGUGCCAUGCGCUUGACAUGGGGAACUUAGAUGCCCACUCACUGACAGCCCAUGUCCAGCCACCUCUGCAUACUCUGACCAGAUGUGGCUGUUGCUGAGCAGCGGCCACUCUGUGUGGGAGCAGUGCUGUCUAGUGCAGAUACUGCCUCACUUCUGGCAGGAUACUUUAGGCUCCCUGGCCUGCCCCGCCAAGCCCCACCACACCUCAGACAUUCCACGGUCACAUCUCAUUCCCUGGACACUUAGGCAAGCAGGGCCUUCCACCUCUGGAGUCUGCCCCUCCAUUCCAAGUUCACGCUCUUCUGGAGCAGGCCAGGAUUGGAAGCAAGGCAGCUUGUGGGAAGCACCCUCCUGGGCAGCCCCGGGUAACAGUCCUUGGAAUCAGCCCGCUGUCAUCACUGGCCUGUCACCUUGCCCAGAGGUGUGCCACUCUUGAGCCUGGUAGACACUGAUGAUGGUGCUCAUGACUCUUCCUGUGAGAGGAACUUAAGACCUCCACAUUGGGUGGCUUUUUUAAAACAGGAAGCGAAGGCAGCUGGAACUCCAAACUGCCUCCUGCCAGCAUUUCACAUUUUGCCUUUCACCCAGAGAAGCCAGCACAGAGCCACUGGUGGGAAUGGUGGUGGCCUUGCCCACAGAGCCUGGAGAGGUGGCGCAGCCGGUCCGGGCUGGGAGCAGUCAGCAGUGGGCUGUGUCUGUGGUGGGGUGUGUACAGUAGCCUUCUAGUGGAUGUCCUGGAGAACAGGCGCUCUCCACCCAUUGCCUGUGUUGGAGGUAGCAGGCUGCUGUAGCCUUAAGCCAAUAUUUACUCAGCAGGUCGUUCUUGUUUUGUUUUGUUUUGUUUUUUAAUGGCCAUGGAAUAAAGCAUUUUUACAAAAAUAAAAACCAACAACAAAAAGCGCGUUCCGGUAUAGUACCUUUGCAGGUGGGUGGGGGUGGUGCGUGCCCCGGUGGGGGUGUCUCAGGGUCUUCUGUGACCUCACAGAACUGUCGGACUGCACCCUUUCCAACUUGCCGUGUCACCAAUGGGUCUGCAUUUUAGUUGCAACAAUAAAUGUUUUUAAAGAACA